GAGGUGGUGCUCCCAGUCCCAAGGACCAUGAAGCUGAGGGACAGACUAACCCCAGUCGUGAUGAGGAGGAGGAUGAGACCAGAAACAUGACAGAUGAAGACUCCCCCGGACAGGUCAGGGAUCACCUUUGAGGUUGGAGCUCAGCUAGAAGCCCGAGACCGCCACAAGAACUGGUACGCAGCCACGAUCGAGAAAAUCGACUAUGACAAAGAGCGGAUCCAGGUCCACUACCGUCAGUGGAGCCGGCGACAUAACGAAUGGUUUCACUGGAGCUCACCGUACCUGCGGCCGCUGGAGCGAGUCAGCCUGAGGAGGCAGGGCCUGAAUCCACCAUGUUCACAGCCGAUGUUUGUUUCAGGUACAAAGGUUCUGGCCUGUUGGACAGACUGUCGUUUCUACCCGGCCAAAAUCCUCAGAGUCAACAAGGACGACUCCUACACGGUGCGUUUCUUUGAUGGUGUGGUUCGGACUGUGAAGCCCACAAAGAUCAAACCCUUCCAAAGAAAGUCCCGAUCUGAGAAGAGUGCAGUGGGAAGCGAGGGAUGGGAGGAAGGGGAGAGCGAGGAGGAGGAGGAUGGUGGACAGAGAGAGGAGGAAGAGGAGGAGCAGGAGGAGAAGAAGAGGAAGGAGGACAUGGAGGAGAAGGGGACGUCAGAGGAGAAAGAAGGGACUGAGGAGGGAGAGGAGGAGAGGAAGAGGAAGGGAGAACCUUCAUCCUCCCAUUCACCAGCUAAGAAGAAAACAGAUGACAGUAGAAACAGUGGAGCUCAGAAUCAGCCAAUCACAGCUGACCUCACCCAGCUGGCUCUGCCUAACCCCGCCCACAUUGACAGAGAUGUCCUGUUGGAGCGUCAGGCCCACCUGCCCACCACACACAAAUUCAGCAGAGAGCCAUUGUACAGGGUGAUAAAGAACCAGCCUCCUCCCAUUCUCUCCAUCGAGUUGGACCACAACCCCUUCAAGUGUCCCGCAGCUGGCUGCACCAAGUCAUUCAGGAAGGCGAGUCUGCUGCACUACCACAUCAAGUACUACCACACAGACCAGCAGCUGGACGAGCGAGGCGGCGAGCAGGAGGCGCAGAGGAGGGUGCGGUCAUCUUCUAAAGGGAGCGACUUCAUGUCAGACAGCAAGAGUGAGGAUCAGAGCAGCACCUGUCACCAUGACGACAGAGAGCACAGCGCCGUGGGAACAGAAGUGAAGAAGGAAGGAGAGAGGGAGAACACAGGAGAACAGGACAGAAAGGAGAGGAUGAAGAACUUCCUGAGAGUCAAACUAAAGAAGAAGAAAAAGAAGAAGAAGAAGAAGAAAAGUCAGUCAGGACUUGGCAGCAGCGAUGAUGAGAAUUUAGACCGACCUCCGAUCACUCUGAAGCUGUCCACUGGACACCAGAGCAUACACACACAAGCCGACGAUGACGGCAGCGACUGGUCGACGCUGACGGCAGAGAGCGGGGAGGACACGCCCUCUUGGCCUGUUGCUAUGGAGACAGAGGAGUGUGAGGUGGUGAGGUGUGUGUGCGAGGUGGACGAGGAGAACGACUUCAUGAUCCAGUGCGAGUCGUGUCUGUGUUGGCAGCAUGGCACCUGUAUGGGUUUAUAUGAAGACAAUGUCCCACACAACUACACCUGCUACUACUGCAGACACACUGCAGGUUGGAGGCGGGCUCAGCGUUUCCUGUCAGAACCUGAUUUGCUGAUAUCUGGUCACAUGUUCGGCCUGUCGUGCGUGAAGGAGAACUACUCGGAGAUCAACGCCUCCAAGAUCUCACACACCAGCAGCCUGCUGGCGCACACACACGGCCUCAACCAGGUCCUCAGCGGGCUGCAGCUCAAAUUCAGCCUGUUACACUCUCCAUCCCACCCGGAUCUGCAGCUGUGGAGGUUGCCAUGGAGACGAGAGGAAGGGCCGAGAUUGACGUCCAGCCCGAGAGGAGAGCCUCCCGCCUGUUACAUCAGCAGCGAGCACUGCUACCAGAAGCCUGGAGCAUCAUGGGAAAAAGCAGAGGAAAGGCAGACAGCUGCAGUGAAGCAGGAGCAGGACACGGAGCAGAAGGAAAUAAAGCCAGAAGAUGUUGACAAGAAACCAGCCGAUGCCACUGCAGAUACAAACACUGUCAUGCACACAGACACAAUUAGCAUAAAAAGAGAGAACCACACACACGCAGACAGCCGGGAACACGCUAUGACGCACACAGCGGAGCCCCGUGUGGCGUCUGAGGCCGAGUGUCAGCUGAACCUGCUGGAGCACGUGGAGUCUCUGCACCACCAGAUCAGCACCAGGAUGGACAUGAUAGAGCGAGAGCUGGACGUGUUAGAGUCCUGGUUGGACCACUCGGGCGAGCUUGAGCCUCCAGACCCUUUGUCCCGCCUCCCUCAGCUCAAACAGCGAAUCAGGCGGCUGCUGUGUGACCUGUGCACUGUGAGACACCUGGCGGUCUGGCGCUGACACUUCUCUCUCCCUUAACUCUGACCCCUGACCUUUGACCCUGCAAGUCUCUGCUAGCCAGCAGGAGCAGACUGACUGACGGGGCUAGCACACGACUAGACAGCGGAGAGCGAGUCGUAGAGCGAGUCGACACUCUUGAGUGUGUGGUUUGUUUCCACGCGCUCACAGGACAGAGCCCCCUCCGGUGGAGAAGAGCUGCACUGCAGCACGAAGGGGACGAGGAUGUUUUUUUAGGAAGUGACUGAACAGGUGAUUUUUCUUCUGUUAAAUUUCACAAAGGUACCAAAACAUUUCCGAUGUCCAACCACAGGGUGACGACAGAUGUGAUUAUUGAUUGAUUGAUUUGGAUUUGGUUUCUGAUCAGCUGUUUUCAUCCAUGUUGUCGUGACACAGUGGCUUUUGUCUGUUUGGAUGACUGGACUGAACUGCGUGUCGUCAUUUGCAUCAGACAAGGUUUACAGUUUAGACUGAAAUAUGGCUACAACAAAUUAUGAUGUGUUUUUACUGAUUAAUCUGUAGAUCAUUUUCUUGAUUGAUCGUUUAGUCUAUAAAACAUUGGAAAACAUCUAGAAAAGUGUGUUUCAAUAUCCUAGAAUCUCGAGUGACUUCUCGUUAUGUUGCAUUUGAGAACCUGGAAAUUUUUGCUUGAAAAAUUAUUUAAACAAAUAAUUGAUUAUCAAAAUAGUUGCAGAUUCAUUUUCCAUUAGUUGAAUAAUUGAUUGACUGACGAACUUGCCAGCUUUCCAUUGGUAACCAUUCAGUCAGUUCUUGGCAUCAGUGUCAACCACUUUAUAACAAGAACAGAAAAGAGAGCAUAAGAUAAAACACAGACUGGAGAGAAUUUAGUUUGGUUACUGUAAUAAAAGCUUUUAUUCAUUAAUAAUUAAUUUUUUUAACUCCCCUAAAAUAUAAAGUGGCUAAUAAAUGGCUACCAUAUUUUCAGUUUUGGCAACCAAGAGCUGAUGCCUGGUGGCCAGCCUGGCAUUUUCAGACGUCAUCUGUAAUCUUUGCAGCUCUAGACUGAACAUCAUUUUCUUGCAGCCAUUCAAACUGACAAACUCUCGCCGUGUGACGACAUCAAAAUGUAACAGCCUACAAACACAUCCGGAGGAUUUGGAUAGAUUUAUUUUCAGAUAUGAGAGUUCGUUUCUUAAGGCAGAAAUUUUGUAAUUGUACUGUCUCCAUUUAUAAGUAAAAAAGAAAGAAAAAAACAUUUUAAGUUCUGGUCACAACAGCAAAAUUGACACACGCACCUUUGCAACAUACAAAGUUCUCAAAGCUUUGUGAUCACUAACACGCCGCCCGUUAAACAUGAGUCAGUCACAGCAUUUCUCUGAGCUUCUCUCUGUUUCCUCUGCGCUCGGAUGUUUACUCUUCGGGGACAUCGUGUUCAUUUUAUUCAAUAAAAAGUUAAUUAAGGGGAAAUUAAAGCUCUCAGAAGGAACGCUUUGUUAAUUAGCAUUAAUGCGACAAAACAUUCACACAGUUAAUUUAAAAGAUGUUUUAGUUCCAUCGACUCCUGUCUCAGUGCUGCUUGAAUAAACAUCUGUUAUUCAUGCUGGAGCUGCACGAUCUGAGCAAAACUAUAACAGAGCUGAAUGUCAUAAUAACAAUGCAUAAACAGUUUUCUGCUGUUUUCAGUGUGCAGAUAAAACGCAGCAAAUUGUUAAUUGAAUCAAUGAAAGAAAAAUAUUUCCAACACUGAGCUGAACACAAAAGGCACCAAUUUAGAAAAAGAAUGAUGGUUACAUUACAAAGUGCAGCGGUGUGUUUAUUGUGCAUGUUGAAAUUGUAAAAAACAAAAACAUGUUGCAGCUCUAGUUUAUACGCAGUCAGAGAAGGUUUGAUAAAACCGUAUUGUGCAACACAGCCAAUAAGCUACAAUAGAUUCUUUAAUUUUCGACUCUCCGUUCCCUCAAAGUUUUCUUCUGUAAUGACGGCUUCAUGUUGUUCCGUGGCAGCAUUUUCACCACAUUUACUCCAGGAGAGAAUCUAUCAAACGCUGUGAUAACUUUAAAUUCAAUGGGGAAAAUUUUUGCAGCACACUUUCACUGUGUUCUGGUGCGACUGGUCCGUUAUACGGGACAGACUUUAACGCUGGAAUCCAUAACUGUGCUGCAUGAAAUGCAAUUAAAGUUAUGAUGCAGUUGUUUUGACGGAUAUUGCAGUUAUGAUAAUGUUGCAGUUCAUUUUCACUGCCGAAAAAAAAAUAUAAAAUAGAUGAUGAUGUGGUUUUUGAGUCGGUUUGGAGCUAGAACUGUGACGAUAAUAUCUGACACUGAAAAACAAAAUCCAUUCUGAUGUGUUUUUCAAUGACAAUCUUCAGUUUUCUCUUUUGAGUAUCAGGUUUUUUUGUCUUUCUUUUUUUAUGGUGACUUUUUUUUCCGCUGAUAGUUUUUUUUUUUUUUUAACAAUGACUUUUUUUUGUUUGUUUUACGAUGACAGUUUUUUUCACAUUAACAGCUUUUUUUAUGAUGACAGGUUGUUGUUUUUUUUACUCUGAUAGGUUUGUUGUGUUUUUUUUUUUAUAUAUAUACAAUGACAGGUUAUUUUUUCCCAGUUUCAACUUUGUCACUGUUUUGGCUAGUGCAGAGGAGUAUGAGGGGAGGAGAAAGGACAGUAUGAUUUACAUUUAGCCAACAUUUCAGUGACAUUGAAAAAAGAGUGACAUGAAGAAAAAAAUCUGUAGCUUGUCAUUGAAAAACACAUCAGACUGCAAAAAUAUGAAUUUAAAAAUAAAUAAAAUGAAAUCAUUUUUAAUUUCUCUGUUUUGUUUUUCAGUGCCACAGUUUCCUUUUUGAUGCCAAAACCUACUGUCACUGUUCUAGCUCCACAGGUCUGCACCAAACAAACCUGUUCCCUCAUGUAUGGAAUAUGAUUUGUAGGCCAGGACAUGUUAUGAUUUGGAUAAUACUUUGAUUAAUUGUGCAGCCCUUCUCUGCAGCAGUGACAGGUCGUCCAAAUUUAGUCUGAAUAAAAGAAAAUAAACACCAGUCGACCAAAACGUGAAUAGCUCUGAUUGUCUCGUUGCAAUAUAAUGUUCUGCUGGGAAACCUCAGGUCCUGGCAUUCAUGUGGAUGCCUCUUGACAGGCACCACCCAGGUACCCCCUCAUGGCAACAACACUCCCUGAUGGCAGUGGCCCCGCAGCAGAACAGUGGACUGGUCAGAUCCAAGUGUGAUUCUACAGUGAGGCCUCUGACACAGGACCUCUGAGGAUCCGCCACAUCCCACAGAUGCUCAGUCAGACUGGGAUCUGGGGAAUUAGAGGCCAGGUGGAGGCCUUGAGCUCUUUGUGAUGUUCCCUGGACCAAACCUGAGCAGCUUUGCAGUGUGGCAUUGUGUAUUGUCCUGCUGGGGCCACUGCUACCACUGUGAUGGGUUGUACAUGGUCUGUAACGGUGUUUGGGUGGGUGAAGUGUGUCAAGUGGCGUCGACAUGAACGUCAGGACCCAGGGAUUCCCUGCAGAGCAUCAUAUUGCAACCUGAUGAAGUUACUUCACCUGUCAGUGGUUUUAACGUUGUGGCUGACCGGUGUAAUUUGACCUUGAAGCAGAGUGUUGAGAGAGUCUGUCUACACAUAAUAAUCAGUCAUACUUCUGGAUAUAUGAAUGAUUUAUAAAAGACGUUAUGGGUUCCAGCUUUCACUCUGAGUAACUCCUGACUUCAUGCCUUUAUAUCUUUUCUGUCUUUUGAUAUUUGUUUAUCAGGUUUUAGGUGAAUCCUUCUACUUUUCUAGAUCUUUAUCAGUGCUUUUAAUUUGUUUUUGAAAAACGUCUCUUUCUGACUUUACAAAGAAAAAAUGUCUGAAGCUUCUUAAAACAACUUUUUAAUGAGCUAGUCUUUGACCUCAGCUCUCAGCAAGUUAUACGAGUUAUAUUUCUCUCAGCUGAGCAUUUUCAUCUCUGUGUGUAGAAAUGAUUCAACAAACUGCUUUCAGUCGAAUUAACCAGCAAAACUUUCCUGUUUCGACACAACAACACAUUUAAAGUGUAAAUAAGUGAAUGUUUUAUACACUUGUAUAAGAAACUAACUGUAUAAAGCUGUAGAUUUAUUUUCAUAGAUUGCUUAUGGAUCAGGUUGGUUCACUCUGAUGUGUUUUAGGAUCCUGACAGUGCUUGGUAGAUGAGCGCAGAGCUUCUGUUGCUUCUCUUCACUUAUUGUGAAACUUCAUUUGUUGCUGUUUGAGUUCGCUGCAGUUCCAGACGGUGCAUUCAGGCGUUCCUUGACAACUCAGACAAGUGAGAGGCUCACAGCCCACAGCGGAGACUUGUUUAUAUAUCCACCUGAACGAAACACAUGAUUUGGUCAUGUGGUCGUUCUCUGAGUUGACGAGGGCGAGCCUGAAGGCACCACGAGUUCACGUCACAUCAAGUUACAAUUCAAAAGCCAAUGUGUUAUUUUUGUUUGAAGCAUGAAGAGGUUUUUUUGAGGAAUUUUAACUUUGAUUAAAAUGAUGAACUUCCAGUCAGUGUUGAUGAUUUGUCACAUUCAGGACAUUUUGUGUAUGACAGCACCGCACACAUCCGACCCCACCCACCUGAGAACUGUCUGACCAGCUGCCAAUCGAACUCUGUGGAGUUUCUCAACAUUCAAAGAAUUUAAUAACUUCGCAUCUUAUCAUGCGUCUGCACCGACAGCCAUGACCGGAGGCAUUAAAGACCCGUUUCCAUUGAGCAGUUCAGUUCACUUCCAAUUUUUUCUGUUCC